CGCCUAGACUGGAACUCGCGCAUUGAUGGAGUCACAUGAAAGCUUCAGCAUGCGCAUGCUUCCUGCCAGACCAUGUUCGCACGCCACACCCGGACCAGGAUGAGGUCUUCAGGCGUGGUGCAAGGCUUGAAGUCGCUGGCUUCAAAGCUCCACCCACAGCUUCCAUUGACUGCUCGGGAAAGCAAUAUACUGUUGAACACCCUGACGAGUUCGUUCCGAAAGCAUCUCGAUGAGAUUCAUCCGACUGGUGCCGAAGAAGAGACAAAGUCGGCCACCAAAGGAGUGAAGGAGGGGGCAAGGGCUCCCGUUCGCAUUCACCGCGUGCGGUCUGCCGCUGCGUCCGCAGAUGAUCACCUAGUCAAGCUUCUCACGAAUCCCUUACUGGCGAGGCGUGGCCGUGAGAAUGUUCUCGACUACGACACGGCCAAAGUGGAACUUGCAAAAUCCUCCUCCAAGGAUCCGAUAGGACUUCUGGAACGG